CAUGUCUUCUGGUAAUAUUGCAGCCUUCAGAAGACCUGAUCGAUCACAGCUCUGGAGGCACGCAAGGAUCCAGAAGGAACAGAGCUCUGGAGGAACGCCAAGGAAGCUCAAACAGAGCCUUGGAAAACAGAAGCAACAGAAAAUAUGGUGGACUACCGCCGAUUUGGAAAUAUGGGUCAACAACACUUGGUACAUAAUGCCACCUCAACAAGCUUUUUGCAUCAGCUCAGAGAUCUGUGGGGGAGUCCUAGGGGGACAGUGCUACGAAUUGAGGCAUUAGCACUAGUGGCCAUCCUUCUCUCCUUUUUCCUUGCUGCCUUUGGGACCUGCCGCCGCUGGUCCAAUAGUUGGAUCAUCCAAAAGGGCUUCUUAGCUGCCAAUGCAUUGUUUCUGUCCUUGGGGACAUACAGCAUUGGUCUAAUGCAGUCCUCGCAGGUGAAGAGUGAGAUGUACCCCAUAUGGGCAGUAUCCUUACUGGCCCUCCUUUGCUGCGUCGACUCGGCCAGCAUGUCCGGCAUCGGCAAUGAGGGCCAGAUCUGGAAGCUGCUAUAUCAGCUUUGCCUCUACUUCGGGUAUGUCGUACUAAUGAGCGUCUCAACCAUCUCCAGUGAUAUUGGAAACAUUGCCAUCUGUGUGCUGUCUGCCGUGACUUUGAUCAAGGGAUUUCAUAGGUCCAUGGCGGUAUUCGUGCUGCCGAGUUCUAUGCGGAACGCGAUCAGAGAGGUUCCAGCACAUAUCAUGGCUAGAAGAUGUUCUUUCGGAGAUCAUGAUGAACGAAGUGAGUUGCCAGUAGAUAUGAAACUUGACGUAAUGGUUGAGGAUGGGGUUGUCUAUGAGGUUUCCAUGAUUGAUGUAGCUUCCAUGAUCUUGAGGUGCAGGAAUGCAAACUUGAAGGUAGAAUCAGACCUCCGUGCCUGCAAGGACGUGUGCUUCUCCUUGUCUCUGUCUCAUUUGCUGCAGCGGCGUCUCCUUGGGUCAUCAAGCAGCAGCGCUGAACCGACAGAGACAACAAUGAGCAGCACAGAGCCCUUGGUUGAAAGCUACAAGAGGGCUUUCAAGAUCGUCGAGGUUGAGUUAGCCUUCAUGUACGAUGUGUUGUACACCAGCAACGCAUUCCUCCACUACUACGAAGCGAGAAGCUGCAGCAUCUGGGCAGUUGCUUCGGUUCUUGGGAUCUGUUUUGUUGGGGCAGUGGCUGUCGUGCCUGGGGCAAGGACUACCCGGCAUGCUUCUCCUGGCACCAUCUCUGUGCAUGCCACAGUAGCGGACUCGGUGAUCACGGGAGUAAUACUGGUGUCACUAGCCCUACUGCAGGUGUUGCAGUUGCUACGCUGCUGGACCUCAAACUGGGCCAGGGUCUCCUUUGCCUGUGAUUUGGUCAGGAUUCUAGGAGAGGAGGACAGGGAAUAUUUAUAUUCUGGAGGGAAUGCACGACGACGCAUUCCAAGAUUCCCAAGAGAAUACUAUACAAGAGUGGAUUUGAGCUGGGGAAUGAGGCUGAGAGCAUCUCUUCUCAAGAUCAACUGGUCAGACGACAAGUACUAUCUGUGGCAAAAUAAGCUUGGGCAACACUCAGUUAUGGAAUCCAUCAGGCUGCCUGGCUCUCGCUGCCAUUGGCUAUUCUGCUGCGGAUUCAUGGAGCUCGGUUCGCCGAGAAAGGGGCUUAUCGUCCGGAAAUGUUGGGCGCUGUUUGGACUGCGCUACAUGGGCCGGGUGCUCCAGGAACUGUUGCGGGCGAGCAACACAGAGGGUGCACUUGAGUUGCAUCCUGAUGUGACGGCGUCCAUUGGUGAUUUUGUUGAAAAGAUCAGGUGCAACGACGUAAGUGGCUGGGCAUCAUCCAAGCUUGCAAACAACAACAUUCGACAGAGUUUCGUUCAAGAAUUUAGCCUUCAUGAGAUUUAUGGUAACGAUGGCGCUGUUGAUGACAUUUACGUGCCUUGUAUCCUGAUGUGGCACAUUGCAACGUGCUACUGCCAACUGGUGCAGGAGCUGGAACAAGAAGCCGCUGUUGCUGUGGACAAGGAUCGCCGCGUCGCCACAGCUCUGUCCAAGUACUGCACAUACUUGGUGGUUUCGGCGCCACGCUUGCUCCCAGGGCGGACCGAUGCUACCGCCACGGUGUACGCUCAAGUUCGGGACGCCGCAAUGUGGAAUGUAGCAAAAAGGUCGUCGUCGUCGUCGUCGUCAUCAGCUGCGGACAAGCUGCUGGUGGCCAUGGAAAACUCUGAGCACCGCUAUACUGGUACCUUCGUCAUGGGAUCCUUCGUCUAUAUGAUGGGCGUGAAGCUGGGGAAGGAACUGGUCAGAACCAUGCCUGCUGCUGAUCGGUGGAAGGUGCUGGCAGAAUUCUGGGUGAAGGCGCUGGUGUUCGCGGCGCCGUCCGACAAUGCAGAGGAGCACCUGCAGCACCUCGCGCAGGGUGGCGAGCUCAUCACCCACCUCUGGGCGAUGCUCUAUCACGCCGGCGUCCACAGGUGGCAGCUGAAUAAUCCAACUACAGAAGACAAUUUCAAGAUGGGGUGGGAUUACAUCUUUUGGAUUCGCUCCUUCAAAGACGUCAAGAAGCCUCGCUCGUUCCCUUAUUCUAGGCCCCGCGUGCUCUAGCUAGUCGCCUUCAUUAAUAUAAUGUGUGUUCCGCCUUACCCUUAUAUGAACUAUGUAUUUUACUUAAUUUGUAUGUAUGUAUGUAUGUAUGUAUGUGUGUAUGUAUGUAUGUAUGUAUGUAUGUUGAAGCAGUGUAUUUGAUGGCAUAG